ACUCACAACUCGCUGGAUAUCCUCAUUCACAAUACACCAUUGACGCUGGAGGCCUGUUUUACAAUAAUUGCGUCCCGUUUGCCGCUGUAAACAAACAAAUAUUAUCUAUAAAUCAAAUAAUAUUACGAUCAAAUAACAUAGAGAUAGGUGCGUGCCUGUGUAACUGUACAUACUUGUUUACUUAAAAAACCUACAAAUAUAAAUAUAUAAUAAAAAAUGGACGUGGUACAGACACUUCGAAGUAUAAGAUGGUCUAAAGAGCCAUGGGGCCCCCCUAUUAUAAGCGACGAGGCGAGAGAGUUACUAGAAGAAUGCAAAAACAUAACUCAACCGGAGGUAAUAGAUGAUGUCCAGGAGAUCAUCAAAAGAAGCGACGACUUUCCCAUCGAGUUUCCCAUUGACACAGUCAGAUUGAAGAAACUUAUAACCAGAAGGCCCAUUGAAAAGCUGAAAGAAAAUAUAAGGUCCACUUACCCUGUUCUCCACGAGCGCGUGCUGAUCCUCAUGGCCAACUUUCUAGUAUACAAGAGGAAAUACGGGUCCGACAUCGAGAAGAAACUGUACGAGAGAAUGUCCGUGGUAGAGUUCAUUGACCGGAUACUGGAGAAGAGGUCUAUAUGUUUCAUGUCCAAACAGGACCUUUACAAACUACGGACGGGCGAGUUGGGUGCGGGCGGUUGGGACAACAUCGGCACCCCGAGCGAGUUCCCGCCGCUGGUGCUGGCCGACUACCUGAGCUACGACGAGCUGAAGGUGUCCGCGCUGGUGACCGUGAGCGGGCCCACCACCUGCAUCAACAGCGGCUCGCGGCACAACGCCGGACGAGUCGCAGAGCAAAACAUACAGACCGACGCCAUUAUUAUGGGUAUCAUUGGGCCUCGUUUCCAGCGUCCAGGGCGCAUGGAUUGCGAAGACAUACUCAUCACAUACGAACAGAAUCGCACGGAAUUUGGAUACGGACCGAUACCUACGGACGGGUCCGCGACCGCGCUGCAAAUGUGGAGGAAACUGUGGGCGGACUUCUACCAGAUCCCGAGCAGGACGUACUCGGAGGUGACGUCGGGAGCGGAGAGUAUAGAGGAGGCGACGCGUGACUCGCGCGUGCUGCGCGCGCGGUACACGCGGCGGCCCAUCGGCAGCGACGUGUUCGACGCGGCCGCCUACUCGCGCCGCCUGGCGCUGCUCGCCGACGUGGCGCUGCUGGAGGCCGACGCGCGCGCCGCCGCCGCCGCCGCCGCCGCCCCACACACCGCCGCCUUCCUCAACGUCGUCGGAGCGGGUCUGGGCGUGUGGAGGAUAUCCCACCACCAGGAGGACUUGUACGUCCUCACGUUCCUGCUGCGCGUGCUGGCCCUGCUCGAGGACGGGGCGCUCAACAACGUGUCAGACGUCAACUUCGCUUACAUUAAACUCGGGGAGGGCGUGCUGCCUCUGUUCAAGUCUGUUGAAGGGUCCACGGUGAAAAAACUAUUUCUGGAAAAUGAAGCCCAUCCUAAAGGAGGCAUCAGUGUUCAAGUGGAGAACCGUGAUCCGUCGUCGGCGCUGGUUGGCGAGCAUGCUGGCAAGCUGCUGGUCAUGACGUACGCCUGGGACGGCAACGCACAUCCCGGGAAUGAGUUCUGGGUGGGCAACCUGACGUCGUCCGGCGACCCGGCGGCGGCGUGCUCCACGCAGGUGAGCGAGCUGCACGCCGCAGCCAUCAACCCCGCCGUAUGCGGCCGCAACGCGCGCCGCGCCGCCCCCAUGUGCUUGUGA